GGAGCGGAUGCGCAAAGAAAUGACGUGGGAGGAGGGGAGGGGCGAUACCGAGUGGUGCUCACGGUGAAAAACGGCAGCGGCUCGGCAUACGUCGACGGGCAGCUUGUGGGGAGUUUGGUAGGGAAACCUCCAUCUACUGAGCUGUUUCCUCCGCAUCUGCCUCCUCGCGAGCAAACUCCGCGUGAGAAGCCGCCGGAGAGGGUCUCGCACAUCUUCUUUGGGGCCUAUGGGGGCGGCGAAGAAAACGCAGAGUUCCACGUGACGCUGACGAACGUCUUUCUGUACAGCCGGCUGCUGAAGGACGCGGAGCUGAAGGCGCUCGUGACGGAGAAGCCCAGCGCCCCGGCAGAGGAGGCGCCGACGUCGGCCACUGCGCAGGGAGGGCCCGGAAACGCAUCAGUCGCCGGUCAGGGAGGCAAAGACAAGCGCGACAGUUCCGUGCGUGGGCAUCUGUCUGCGGUGUCGCUGCUGCCGCUUCUGCUGGGGCUGUGGGCGUGUGUGUCGCUCCUCUGA